AUGUCCCCAAGUUUGACCGACUCGCCCAUUGAGGGCGACGGCAUCUUGGUCUCGAACCAGAAUGCCGUCGACGAAAAGUCCGCCGUCACGGUGCUGGCUAACAAAGACGAGACCAAGGUCAGCGGGGACGAGCUCAGCGGCGAAGACGACCGCAACAGUGAGGAUGUCAUUAUCGUCAAUGGUGCGGAUGCGGCCCUUCACCUGCUGCCACUGAGGGAUGACUUUGACAAUGCCUUAACCUUUCGGAGUAUCCUCCUGGCUUCCGGUUUGGCGUGUUUCCAGGCGGUCAUGAACCAGAUUUACAUGUUUAAACCAACUGCUGUCAACAUUCAGGGAACCUUCAUCGUCCUCAUCGCCUAUUUUUGUGGCAAUGCCUGGGCUAAAUUCCUCCCUCGCGGCGAUAAAUUCGAGGCUCGGUGGAGGGCCAAAGGCGGCGAGGGCAAACUCCCUUGGUCAAUCACACUCAUCAAGCUCCUCAACCCUGGACCAUGGUCUCUGAAGGAGCACUCGAUUUGCGCUAUCACGGCCACAUCGGCCUCGAAUGCUUCAGCCUCUUCGCAAGUAUUUGCGGCGCAGAAUCUGUUCUACAAUAUGCCCUUUAGCGCAGUCACGGUCAUCCUCAGCACCAUCUCCAUCGGUCUGUUUGGCUACGGUCUCUGCGGUAUUAUGCGUCCCAUCGCGGUCUGGCACGUGGAGUCCGUCUACUGGUACACUUUGCCUACUGUCAAGACUCUCCAGGGUCUUCAUUGGCAGGAAGUCAAGAACUCGAAGCCUCUCCGAUACUUCUGGUAUGCCUUCACUGGCAUGUCGCUAUAUGAGAUCAUUCCGGCCUAUGUUUUCCCAUGGCUAAACUCUGUCUCGAUCCCGUGUCUGGCUGCCCAGAAGGCCACGGGUCUUACGGGCCAAACCCUCACCUAUAUCUUCGGUGGAGCCACUACCAACGAGGGCAUGGGUUUAUUCUCUCUCAGCUUCGACUGGCAAUAUAUUACCUCCUUCCAAACCUCCCUUCCUCUCAAGCUGCAGCUUCAUCAAGCCAUCGGCAUCGGUGUCUGCUUCAUCGUGAUGUCGGGAAUCUAUUGGGGCAACGGCUGGAAUGCGAAGUCCCUUCCAUUCAUGUCGACAGAGCUUCUCAUGGCAAACGGUACCUCGUACCCGCUUACGUCCGUCUUUCCCAACGGUGUUCUCGAUAAAUCUGCGUUGGCCGAGUACGGUGUCCCCAGAUUGACGGGCACGUUUGCGUAUGCCAUGCUCAUGGCAAAUGCGGCCAUUGGUGCCUUGAUCAUGCACUGCAUCCUCUUUUGGGGUAAUGACAUUAUGGAGGCCUAUAGGAGCGCGAAACAAGGCCGAUACGAUGACCGGCAUCACCAGCACAUGGCCAAGCACUACAAGGAAGCACCUUGGUGGUGGUAUAUUGCAGUGCUUGUCAUCAGCUUCAUCUUUGGUCUCGUUGUGGUCCUCAAGGAGAACAUCAGCCUUCCAGCCUGGGCGUACAUUGUCUCCCUGGUUAUCGGGAUUAUUAUCGCACCCUUCAGUACCAUUCUCUUCGCUCGCUACGGCAACGGUAUUGCCACCAACAACCUGUCGAAGAUGUUGGCAGGUCUCAUGCUUCCCGGUCGGCCCGUCGGCAACAUGUACUUUGCUGCAUGGUCGCACAACGUCAUCUCCAACGCAGUCAACCUGUCCAAUGACCUGAAGAUGGGCGAAUACCUCAAAAUCCCCCCUCGCGUUAUGUUCUUAACUCAGAUAUACGGUACCAUCCUCGGUGGCUUCAUCAACUACGCCAUCAUGAUUUCAAUCGUGUCGGGUAACAAGGCCCUGCUGGCCAACGGCAACGGAGACUCAUCCUGGAGUGGUGCGACCAUGCAAUCCUACAACACCAACGCCGCCUCAUGGGCCCUCGCUUCCUACCUAUACAAAGCCGGCACCCCGUAUGCCAUGGUACCCGUCGGUCUAGCAAUCGGUGCCGGUGCCGUCAUCGUUCAUCGCCUUUUCUACCAGUUCAUUCCCAAGAUCGGCCGUUUCGAUAUCUCCGAAAUCAACAUGCCCCAAUUCAUUCAGUACGCCGGCUACAUCCCCUACAACCAGUCCCAAACCUGCAUCCUCUUCAGCUGGAUCAUCGCCGGUUUCUACGUCCAAUACUACCUCCGUAAUUGGCACCCCCGCAUCUUCAAGGAUUACUCUUACCUCAUCACUGGUGCCUUUGAUGGUGCUAGUCUGACGGUCAUUUUCAUCCUGUCGUUUGCUGUGUUCGGCGCUGCGGGAUCAGCGCAUAAUAUGCCGAAUUGGUGGGGAAACAACGCCAAUGGAAACUAUGAUUGGUGCCCGACUUCGUAG